AUGUCCAUAAUUAUAAAAUCUAUAAAAGUUGUAGGUGAAAGAGAAGGUUUGGUAGAUUUUUAUGGGCAAGUCAUAGUACAAACUUUUAACGAAGAGACAGUACAAACUUCUAACGAAGAGACAAUAGUGACAAUAGAAUACACUACUGAACCUUGGAUUACCGAUAAUAGUGUAAUAAUUGCUAAACGAUUACAAACCCUCUCUAAUGAGCAAGUCUUAUAUUAUUUUGAAUUUUCAACCGUCAAAAUGUCAAACGUACCUUUACACCUGAAAUUCCGUGCGCGAUGUAAUAUUGCAAAUUCUAGCUUUUGCUCUAAUUAUGGUUAUGAAUAUUUAUACAAUGAGGGUAUUCCUAAAGAAAUUAUUUUCCAUGAUACUUCCACAAUACAAGAAGAAUUAAAAAAGGAAUGUACUAUAUGCACGGAAGACAUUGAGACAAAAGCCUUUUUGAAGAUUACAAACAAGUGUAGUCACGAGGAACAUGAAGAAGAACAUAGACGGGAUAAGGAACGCAGGCGACAAGAUGAGGAACGCAGACGACAGAAUGAUGAGGAACGUAGACGACAAGAUGAAGGAUGCAGGCGACAGUGUGAAGAACGCUGGCGACAGGAUGAAGAACGUAGGCGACAAGAUGAGGAGCGAUGGCGACAGGAUGAGGAGCGCAGGCGAAGAGAGAAAGAAGAACAUAAACGACAGAAAGAAGAAGAAAAAAGAUUAAUAAAACUCCAGAAGGAAGAAGAAAAAAGAUUAUCAAAACUUCAGAAGGAAGAAGAAAAAAGAUCAGCAAAACUUCAGAAGGAAGAAGAGAAAAGAUUAAUAAAACUUCAGAAGGAAGAAGAAAAAAUAUCAACAAAGCUUCAGAAAGAAGAGGAAAAAAGAUUAACAAAACUUCAGAAGGAAGAACAAAAAGGAUUAACAACUCUUCAAGAUGCUUCCGAAUCAUAUGUGAAUCAACUAAAAUUAUGCCCAAAAUCUAAAAAGAACUCUACUACCCAAGUAGGACCGUGA